UACACUGUCAAUAGCCGCAACUACAACAUGGAGUACUAUCUUGCCGACGGUAUUUAUUCUCAGUGGGCGGCGUUUGUGAAGACCAUAUUUGAUCCCAAGGCAAUAAACAAAGUCACUUUGCAAGAAUACAAAAGGCAGCUAGGAGGGAUGUGAAGAGGACAUUUCGAGUGCUCCAAGCUUGUUGGAAAAUUAUUCCUGGAGCUGCAAUGAUAUGAGAAUCAGAGACUUUGUGGCAGCUGAUGACAUGUUGUAUCAUUUUGCACAAUAUGAUUGUCGAGGACGAGGAUGAUGGGUAGCCCAAACCAAUGAUUUUGAGAUGCCUGAAGAACAAGUCCACAUCCCGAAACAACAAGAUGCAAACCAACUUACAUUUUUUUGCAUAUGCAUAAAUUCAGAAUCUUCGAGAUUAUUAGGUGCACACCGUAGCUACUCAGUGAUCUUGUGGAGCAUAUGUGGACCCACAAUUAAAACCAAAGAGCUAAUAUUUCAAUUAUGCAUUUAAAAUAAAUUUUAUAUUCGAACUAUAUAUUUUUGGUAUGUGUAUGAUGGACAUGCAUGGACCUACAUGAAUUUGAGAGUUCGGAUUUGAGGCGUGUGACUGUCGGGCAAGGGAUUGUCCGGUGCCGUCCGCGGGCCUGUCCGAGCGUGUCCGCGGACAUAUAGGGGCCCGGAUUUGUCAAAUCCGACUGUAGAUGCUAUAAACCUCAUGAUUUUAUUGGUCGCUAAUACCAAGUUUUAAAAAUUAAAACUUAAUAAAAUUAAUUCAUCAAGAUGUAUUUAAAAUGAAUCUUAUUUGAAAGCUCCCACCACGAGAAACACGACGAAUAUGCAAACAAAAUUUAAUUUAAACUUCUGGUUCAAAAAUAGAAAAAAAAUCAAAAAUCAAAAGCCGGAAGAAAAAGAUGAUGCGUGCUACUAGUACAAAUCCUAUGCCAAGAAAACCUCCACCUCGGUCCUCACAGAAGCGAAAGAUCUCUCCGCAGUUGGCCAUUAAACACCCCUGCUAUUGAUCACGCACGCCGGCGGACGCUUCGACUCGAAGCAACCUCCCGCUCCUCCUCGCCCUCCUUUCUCUCGGGACUGCCGCUUGCUUGCUCCGCUGCUCGUGUGUGACUGUGAGAGGCCCCAGCACCAUGCCGAAACUCCCUUCAUAGCGGCUGCCGCUUGCUGGCUCCGCCGCUCGCGUGUGAGGGAAAAGUUAAAGCGUGUGAGAUGGCGACCCCAGCGCAAUGCCGCGGGCGAGCGACGCGGGGGAGAUGGAUUUGGGCGAUAUUGUGCUCUCCUGGUCGAUCCAGGACAUCAUCAACGAUGACCUCUACAAAGGGCAGGCUGAGGCUAUUCCUUGCAGCUUCCUCUCACUUGAUCACUAUCUCAAAUCUUAUCGCGCACCUCUGAUUGAAGAAACAAGGUCAGAUCUGUGCGCACGCCUUGAACUCAUCGUAGAAGGACCCUCUUCGAAAAUACUUUCUAUGGAGGCAACACAGAAACCGGAAGUGUACUAUAUGGAUGUGGACUUUGGGGAUUGUGGGGCGGUUUAUUCUGCGCAGGCUCAUACUUUAAGGCAUGGCGAUGUAUUUAUUUUGUCUAGCGUGAAACCUGAAGCUGCGGAGGACUUCAGUCGCUAUGGCGUGACAUAUUACUUGGCAAUGGUUACCGACGUUUGCAUGGAUGAUGAUGAUGAAUGUCAGAAGCAUUUCAAAAUCAAGGUUGGAAAAGAUAUUGGCUUGGAAGAAGACUUACAAAAACUCAGAUAUACAAUAUUUCUCAGUAAUAUCAUAACAAACAUGUGGAUAUGGAAAACACUGAGCUUUGACAAGCACAUGAAUGACAAUUUCACAGUGAUCGAGUCUCACUUAGCCCCCACAAAUUCGGGUGGUGAUGUCUGUGGUAUCUGUGCUAAACAUGGUGGGGAACAUUUGGCUUGUUUUACAGAGCAAUUAUUACCGAUGAAUCUUAAUAAAUCGCAAAUGGAUGUUAUUGGAUCUGUCAUCUCAGUUGUAAGAUGUAGGCAUCUGAACCUCAUGAAGCUUAUACAAGGUCCACCAGGUACUGGAAAGACCCACACUGUAAGUGCUUUACUGUGGGCUUUGGCUUCUAUGAAAUGCAGAACUCUAACAUGCGCUCCCACAAAUGUUGCUGUAAUUGGGGUUUGCACUCGUAUCCUUCAAAACUUCAAGGAUUUCAACAAAAAAAUUGAUGACAAUGGUCUACCCUUUUCUCUUGGAGAUGUCUUGCUAUUUGGGAACAAGUAUAAGAUGGACAUAACCGGAGAUCUUCAGGAAGCUUAGAUUUUCAUCUGAAUGAACUUGUUGAAUGCUUUUCAUCAUUGUGUGGAUGGAGGUGCCAACUAACUUCGAUGAUAUCAUUUUUUGAAGACUGUGGUUCUCAGUAUGAUAGGCUUCUUGAGGAUGAUGGAAAUAGUGAUGCCGUGUCCAAUCUGGACUUCCUAAAGAAGCAAUUCAAUGUGACAGCAAUCUAUACCUACUAAUAAAAGAAAUAGGUAUUCUUAGUCCGUCAUGCUAUUUUAUAGCCCCUGAUUUUUCUGACAUUAAACCCAUAGUAGAUAUUAAAUGUUUUUUAAAAUACUCAUAUCUUCUAAACCGUAACUCCAAAUUUAACAUGUUAUAUAUGAAUUUUGAUUAGAAAAAUAUGUAGAAUCUGAAUAUGAUGUUAUUUUACCUGUUAACAAUUAAAAGAAAUACUAUCUAGGGUGCAAUCUUAAUCAAUAAUGCAUUAUCUGUCUUUCUUUCGUACCGGUAGUGAUUCGGAUUGGGGAUGAACACCUCAGCAAAAUCAGGAUUGGACACGAAAUUGAAGAUAAAUUUGCUAGAGACACCCAAUAAAUAAGGACAUGCAUGACAAGAAAUAAAAGAAGGACCCAAUAAAGAUGGGAUGCCCGCUAUAAAAGAAAUAAAAGAGAAAAUGCGGAGGAGAUCCGAUGAAGAUGAGAUGUUGUGCUAUUCUCCUAUAUAUAAGAAGAAGAAAGAGAGGACAUGCAUGGCAAAAAUUAAAGAGGCAUGCAUGGAAAAAAAAAAAAAGACAUGUUUGACAAGAUAUAAAUAAUGAUGAAACAGGGACCAAUACCUAUGACAUGUAUGGCAAGAAAUAGUGAUGAAAUAUGGACGUAAGUACCUGCGUCCACAGGAGACCAUACAAAAAUGUUCUUUUCCAGACAAAAAAAAUCUCUCUUUAUGCUUAAAAAAUCAUGUGUCUUUUUAACAGCUCUUCAUGUAUUUAAGAAAUAUGUAUGUGAAAAAAAGUGUUCAGGAGUUACCCUAAGUUGGUGAUGCUUAAACUGAAAACCGCCCUUGAUGCACACAUGUCUCCGUAGUGAGCUAGUGUGUCAUCGUCUGUUUUUGUCGUUUACCUUUACCGGCCGGUAACAAUACCCCAUUUCACACAUGACAUGAAUAAAUGCGCGAUCACUUGCCCGUUUCUUUGUACGGAUUAAAUCUAUAUGCAAGCCGUGUUGAAAUAGAAUACCUGUGGAAUCUUGAUGCACUUUUGUAGGCUAAGACCAUCUUUGUUUGGGCCGUAGCUACAAAUUCUCAGAUUAUAGACUUUUUUGUAAAUUAAGAGUGUGUUGUAUUUUUUUCUCCCAUUGCAACACACGGGCCUUUUUGCUAGUAUCUCUUAAAAGAUGUACAUAGAAUUUGUGGAUUCACCUCCCUGGAAGGUGCUUUUCACGUGAUAGUAUCAGCAAUAUAUCCUCAUUGUUUAAUAUGCUAGAAAAAUUUGAUGCCCUUCUGUAUGGUGUUGAUUUAACUGGCAAAAGCUUAAAAAGGGGCCUUGGUGGUCUCUCAAGCGAAAAAUCAGCUUGUGUGCAGCCGAUAUCUUUUCUUGAGAAGGAACUAGAUGGAGUAAGGUCCACAUGCCUUAAAUUGCUGAAGGAUCUUCAGCAUUCGCUUAAUUUACCUAUUGGAGUAGGCAAAAACUGGGUCCAGCGCUACUGUAUGCAUAAUGCUGUGCUUUUUUCUGUACUACCUCUAGUUCUUACCGGUUGCAUCAUAUGGAGAUUGAACCCCUCGAUGUGUUAAUUGUCAAUGAGGCUACGCAAGUGCGAGAAUGUGAAUUGGUGGUCCCACUACGUCUGCAUCAGUUGAAGCAUGCUGGUUUGCUAGGAGAUGACUGCCAGCUGAGUGCAAUGGUUAAAAGCCAGAAGCUGGAUUCGGAAUAAGUCUUUUUGAGAGAUUGGUUAUGCUGGAUUUCGAAAAGCAUUUGUGUUGAAUAUACAGUACCGCAUGAGUUCUUGUAUCAGCUCAUUUCCAAUUGGUCAGUUUUAUGAGAGGAAGAUUUUAGGUGGUCCAAAUGUCGUGUCUCCUUCCUAUAAUAAGGAAUACACAAGCCUCCCUUUUGGCAGCUACACUUUUAUAAAUGUCACCGAUGGAAGGGAAGACAAAGAUGGCACUGAAAACAGUUGGAGGAACAUGGCUGAAGUUGCUAUCGUUUUGCAUCUGAUCCAAAACAUCUUAAAAUCCUGGAGAGGGUCAGCAGGCCAAGGGCUCAGUAUCGGUGUGGUCUCUCCAUAUAGCUGUCAAGUUGGUGUAAUUAAAGAUAGACUCGGCAACAAAUACGAUACAUGUGAUGGCUUUCAUGUGAGAUCAAGUCCAUUGAUGGUUUCCAAGGCGAAGAGGAUGAUAUAAUCAUAGUUUCAACUGUUGGGUCCAAUGGGAGUGGAGGUCUUGCAUUUCUUGCCGAUAACUGAAGAACAAAUGUUGCUCUUACUAGAGCAGGGUGCGCACCAAUUCUUUGGUUUGUUACCGUUCAGAGUAUGUUUGACUAUAGUAUAUAUAAAUAAGGUGGAUGUUUUAUUUGAUGUAGGCACUGCCUUAUAAAUAAGGUGGAUGUUUUAUUUGAUGUACGCACUGCCUUUGGAUUGUUGGAAAUGCUACAACGUUAUAUAAAAGUGGGACUGUCUGGAAAAACCUUAUUGAUGAUGCAACUAUGUGCAAGUUGGUUUUGCACGUAAAGCAAAAACUUGACGAGCUUGAUGAUCUUCUUAAUGCUGAUUCAGCAAUUUUCAGUAAUACUAGAUGGAAGGUAAGCACAAAAGUGAUGCUUAGUCAGUUUAACUUUAGACAUGCUUUCAUCAGUUCGCCUAAUUGUGAUAAGUUGGUUUUGUCAAUUAUGUGCACUGCACUUCUUCAUAUAUCUAUGUCUGGUGAGACUCAUGUUUACCGUCGGGGACUUCAGUGUUGAAUUGAUAUGUGUUGGACUAUGUUCUCUUUUUGUGUGGUCAUGAACUA